CAAAAACAACACUGUCGUAAAAAGACGUAACGCCAAACCCUCCGGCUUGACGGCGGAGGUUCUUUUAUUUAUAAUAGAAAUUCGAUUCAAUUGUAUGUUACUGGCUUCGGAAGUUAAAUUCUUUUUUUAUUAGUUGGAAAUCCGAAAUAUACUUUUGCGCUUGCGUUGGUAUUUUAAUAAUAUGCGAAGAUAAUGACGUAAACAGACAGGCUCUGUUACGGUUUUAAUUAUGAUUCGUUUAACUUGCACAGUUAAAGUUGUUUUAAAACAUAUUUUAGUAUAAACUCGCUCGGUUUGGUGUUCGUGGACAACAAAGGGGUUUCUAUAAGUCGUGUCGUGUGUGUCGCGUGUCCAGUGUUAAAGUUCUUCUGCAGUUUAUUGACCAUACAGACUGUGUCCCGGAGAACCGCGGUCCUCUCUUCGUGUGUUUGGUUCGGCAGGAUGGCGGACGGGGAUGACGACGUGCCGCUGAUCCUGACCUGGGACGAUACAAGCAGCGGGCUGCUGGAGGAAGAUGCGAUGAAAUAGUGUGUGAAGGUGCAGAAAGAGAUGUGGACUUUGCGUUUUGACCUGAUUUGACUCAGUUUUGUGUUUUGAGGAAUUGUGAGCAUCACCAUAAAAUUCUGUUCUGCUUUCGGACCGCUGGCCACAGCAGCUGCAGCUGGCACAAUGAAACUUGCAUGUUUGAGUGCACUGUUGAUAAUUUAUACUUGCAGUGCUAAAAACUGAUUGAAAAACUGCAGUGACAUGGGGCCGAUCACAGGGGCUACCAUGGAAGUCAGUAGUACGUUUGACAACAUGACUGGACUGACGCAUGAUAGGCCAGUGCAAACGUCUUCAUUCUGCCAGCAGUUUGCAUCUGUCGAUGGGGCAGGAAAUUAUGAUGUUGUGAAUAAUGUUGUCAUUCCAACCCCAGGAGCACCGGACCCCAGGGCCCAGAAUUCUUUGCGGCAAAGUUGGGAAAUGAACUACCAGGAAGCAGCAAUAUACCUCCAGGAGGGAGAGAAUAACGACAAGUUUUUCACUCAUCCGCGAAAUGCCCAUGCGCUCCGUGCCUACCUGUUUGCUCACAAUCACCUUUUCUAUGUGAUGGAGCUGCUGACGGCAGUGUUACUCAUGCUUCUGUCCCUCUCAGAGGCCCCUGCCGUCCCCUUUCUCCGCUUAGAUGUCUAUGUUCAUGCAACACUGGAGUUAUUGGCAUUGGUAAUGGUGGCCUUUGAAUUGUGCAUGAAGCUCAGAUGGCUUGGCUUUCACACCUUUAUACGACAUAAGAGGACCAUGGUGAAGACAUGUGUCCUGUUUAUUCAGUUCAUCGAGGCAAUUGUGGUCUUAGUCCGGCAGACGUCUCACCUGCGUGUAACGAGAGCCCUGCGGCCGAUCUUUUUGGUGGACUGCCGUUACUGUGGAGCUGUUCGCAGAAACCUGAGGCAGAUAUUUCAGUCGCUUCCUCCCUUCAUUGAUAUUCUUCUGCUGCUGCUUUUCUUCAUGGUCAUCUUUGCCAUCCUAGGAUUCUGUUUGUUCUCAGCCAACUCAGCCGGCCCUUAUUUUAGCACACUGGAGAACAGCAUUGUGAGUUUGUUUGUCCUUCUGACCACUGCAAAUUUUCCCGAUGUGAUGAUGCCAGCAUAUUCAAAGAAUCGCUGGUCAUGCAUUUUCUUCAUUGUGUAUCUGUCCAUCGAGCUCUACUUCAUCAUGAAUCUGCUCCUGGCAGUGGUUUUUGACACUUUCAAUGGAGUUGAGAAGAUGAAAUUCAAAUCUCUUCUUCUACACAAGCGAUCCGCUAUAGAGCACGCCUUCCAGCUGCUAGUUAGUCGGCAGAGGCCAGAUGGAGUGUGUUUAAAGCAGUUUGAUGGACUGAUGCGAUUCUAUCGUCCACGUAUGACUGCCAGGGAUCGUUUCCUCACUUUCAAAGCCCUCAACCAUUCAGGCGCAACCAUGCUGAGUCUCCAGGACUCCUAUAAGUUUUAUGAAGUGAUCGGGCUCAAAUGGAAGGCUCGACGGAGUGGGGAGCACUGGUUUGAUGAUCUUCCUCGUACUGCAUUCCUCAUCUUCAAAGGAAUCAAUUUACUUGUGAAAUCCAAAGCUUUCCAGUAUGCAAUGUAUCUGGUAGUUGCAAUUAAUGGCAUCUGGAUCCUAGUGGAGACUAACAUGUUAAAUGUCGGCGUCUCAUGGACUCGUGUUGUCCCAUGGAGUUACAUUAUUUUCCUUACAAUUUACGGAGUUGAGGUCUUGUUGAAGAUCACAGGCCUUGGUCCUUUGACAUAUUUCAGCUCAGGGUGGAACCUCUUUGAUUUCUCAGUAACAGUCUUUGCCUUUUUGGGAUUGAUGGCUCUGGCCUUUGACAUGGAGCCGUUCUACUUCAUCGUAGUGUUGAGACCUCUCCAGCUCCUCCGGUUGUUUAAAAUUAAACAGCGCUAUCGGAACGUUUUGGACACAAUGUUUGAACUGUUCCCGCGAAUGGCCAGUCUAGGUCUGACUCUGAUUAUCUUCUAUUAUUGUUUUGCCAUCGUUGGAAUGGAGUUUUUUGCUGAUGUUGUUUAUCCGAACUGCUGCAACACCAGCACUGUCGCUGAAUCGUAUCGCCAGAUAAAUGUGACCAUUGGCAACCGAACAGUUCUAGAGGAGGGGUAUUAUUAUCUCAAUAACUUCAAUAACAUCCUAAGCAGCUUUGUCACUCUUUUUGAGCUAACAGUGGUGAACAACUGGUACAUCACUAUGGAAGGUGUGACAUCACAAACUACGCACUGGAGUCGCCUUUAUUUCAUGACCUUUUACAUUGUCACCAUGGUUGUCAUGACUAUAAUCGUGGCCUUCAUUCUAGAUGCAUUUGUCUUCAGGAUGAACUACAGUCGGAAGAACAGAGAGCCGCUGGAUGACCCAGAAGAUGAAAAGGGGAUCGUCUUUGAGACAGAGGUGUCCCAGACUGAAGCUCUACAGACUCUAGACUUGUAUAAACACACACUGGGUGUCACCAACCUAAGCUCACUGCAGGACAUGUGUGUGGCUCUGGAGCGGAGCGGGCAUUCCUCAUUAGUAUUUGUGGGUCGAAGGUCACGUACCAAGUGUGACCUCAGCAUGAAGAUGUACGAGGAAGAGAUUCAGGAAUGGUACGAGGAAUAUUCCAGAACAAACCUGCAGCCCGAUGAAACGUUCCACAGAGAACUGGACAGCCCUGAAGCCAGUGCCACAAACAGCAUUAACUAACUCGAAUACAGCAUCAGCAUUAACUAACACACUCACUCAUACCUCUGAGGGACCUUAGAACCGUCUUCCUCCCAUCGAUGAAAGGCACAGAUGUUCCCCGUGACCACUACAUUCGCCCUCCAUCCACGUGGAGACCCACAGAACACACUUAAAGCCUUAUUCCCCCCAAAAAACCUUAAGGUUCCGUGGCCAAUCAGGGAAGCUUGCAGACCAGUCAUGUGACAUGCACUAGGUCCAGGAACCUUCUUCUUCCAUGAACUGCACCUCAUUGACAUUUGCCUUGUGGUGGGUGACCCUGAAUGAUUCAGACUCUCUCUUGGAUUUGACAAAUGGAGAACAGCGAUUGAAUGUUUCUUUGGGAGAUGAAUCAGAAGUGAAUGUGAGGAUUUUAGCACUAAGUGACUUGUGUCUCUUUCUCCACAGUCUGAGCUAUUGCUUAACCAACAGAUAAAAGAUUAUAGUAAUAAACAAAUGGUGUUUUUAAACUAAAGCUGCUUUUUGCUGGAACCUUUGGACCUAUAGAGAGGCUUUUUUUCCGUUAUAUAUAAAUAUAUACAUGCAGAUUAAACAUAUGUCAGAUGCAGUUGAGAGUCAAGUAUUUAAAAAUCUGUUUCGGUAUAUCCACCGAUAUACUUAGUAUGGACUGGUUUCCCAGGCGCAUGUUAAUUUUGGACUGAUAAGUAUUAAAAAAAACAGCCCUGCAUCUUUCAGUUCAUUUAAACUUUUGUUUUGUUACAUCUGAAAAGAUCUUAUUUCCUUUGUUUGGAGUCAGUAUUGUUUUAAUGAAUUUUAAAGCUUUGAGUAUUUUGACAGACCAGUUUGGAUUGAAUCUAGUCAGAAUCACAAAGUUUAUUCCACCUGAUCCAUUCAGCUUGGGGGCAGUUGUGGCCUAAUGGGUUUGAGAGUUUGUCUUGUAACCCAAAGGUCGUGAGUUCGAGUCUCGUUACCAGCAGGGAUUGUAGGUGGGCACUUGAGCAAGGCACUGAACCCCCAACUGCUCCCUGGGCACUGCAGCAAAAAUGGCAGCCUACAGCUUCGGGUGUGUGUCUUCACUCGGAUGAGUUAAAUGCAGAGCACAAAUUCCGAGUAUGGGACACCAUAUUUGGCAAAAAAAUAUCACAGAGUUAAUACAGAUUUGUCUCCAGACCAAAAAUCUCCUUUGUGUAAUUUAGCUUUGCUAAAUGGUAAUGAAACUGUUACAUUGAGGGAAUUUUUGCUACACUAUUUUAUAAUGGUUUAGUCACUUUCUUGAUGCUUUUUAACAGAGUGAAUGCAUGCAAAUACUCAUAUAUUGUUUACUCUCGUGUCUAGAGUAUUUAACCUGGAGGAAAUCAUGGAUGUGUUCAGGGUCAGUGAUUUCAGUCCAGUUGCUUGUUUAAUUGCAGUGUAGGAUGUGCAGCCUCCGUGAUCUAAACACAAGUGACAUGAAACCACACCAGCUCCUCCAAUACUGAAGGGUUUUAUACUGGGUCUCAGUUCUCUGUUCUUAUUCCUUGUAAGUGUAUAAUAACUGGUCUAGUAAACGAUACAUUUUAAUGAAA